ACCACACGACACCUACUCGUACACACAAAUCACAACCAGCAGCGGAACCAAAAAUAUAGUAGUGGCACAAGCACUAGCUCCGGCACCAACCACGGCAAUGGCUUCACCGGCGGCGGCCUGCCCGGCGGCCUACUCAUGGGCGCCGCAGGACGGGGCACAACGCGGGCAGAAGGUGUUCAUGCAGGUCUGCGCGGGGUGCCACGUCAUGCUACCAUAUGCCGGCCUCCGGGCGGCGGCGCAGGGCGAGGUGGGAGCUCAGAUGGCCGAGAUCGUGGUCGAAGAGGAAGCUGUGAUCGCUGCGAGAUCCCCAUCCGGUGGCUCAUACACGCCGGACCUCACAGCCCUCACCACAAAAAUCCAUGAAGGGGCGGCUCUGUACACCACAGGGGGCAAGAUCGCGAUGACGAUGCCUAGGAUGCUCACCGGCGGUGUCUCCAUGUGCCAAGAGUUGACGAAGAAGAUGGCGCCACCAAGGGCCUUGUGGCUGCAAUUUUCCCAGUCGUACAUUGGGACUAUCCAGAUGACUUGAUUGCCCCAUUGGCGUCCAGAGUUUGGAGUCACACUACGGUGAAGCUUACCAGUUUCUCUUGAAGAUUUCACAUGUAUCUUUGUGGUGAAUUGACUAGUAUCGAUAAUAAAUCCCUCAUGUACGCCAUGUUUAGAAUAUGGGGAAGUUUUCCGAUAACAAGUGUUCCAUGGUUUU